UUGAAGAAGGCAUUGCUGGUGUAGAUGGGUAUUGAAGAGUAGAGGGGUUAGUCUUGGCAGUCUUCAUAUACGCCCACAAGCAGAGUGGUGCGUUUAGUCUGGUGUAGUGUUUACCACAGCACUUAUAGGAUUGAUACUGAGACGUGGAGCUGUGAGUGCUGCAGGAGUCUGAAUGGGAUUCGCUGAACUAACAUAAUGUUUUGCAUGGAACAUUUACUGACAGAGUUUCAAUAAAGUCCAAAAACUACAGUUCUCAAAACAAAAUCCAGUUCAGACACUUCUGAUGUAAAAAUUCUCGACAACUGCAAGGGCAUGGAGAUCACGCAUACAUCCAUGAAUCUUACUUUUUCGAUUGAGGACAAAAAUGGCAAUAACAUUACUUGCCCCAGUGAGCACUCUCCAGAUUCAGUGAGGAGCUCGACCAGUUGGAGUUGUGGAAGUUCAGACAGUCCUCCGGAUGUAGAAAUGGAGGAUUGCAUCAGUGAUGCUACCUCUAAAAAAACCUUAAAAAUAAAAUACCCAACCACUUCCGGCACCUUUACAUGCACUGAAGUGGACUCCUACAAGCCAUCGCGACAUGGUUCCAGUGAGAACUGCUGUUCUGUCAGUUCUUGUGAGAUGGUGAUGAGGAGCAACAGCUUCAUCUUGCAUGAAACUGAUCAGCCACUUAGCAUCUCAGUGCUUGGGAAGUCCAGGACCUCCUUGGAUAUAUCCUCUGACAUCGGUGUGGUGUCGGGCAUGUUACCCGAUGUCUGUGAGGGCCUUCAAGAAGAACAUCCAGCCAAGCUAUCAACGGGAGAAUCCAAGAAUAGGGGCUUAGAGUGUACCUACAUUCAACCAGGCGAUCAGACCUUUCUCAUAGAGGGAAAUUUGAUUCAAUUGCUGGACAUCGAGAAACAUAAAAGUGUAACACAUGUUAAUCAGAAAUCAAGUAAAGACGUGCAAAAGUUGCCAUGCAACACAGGUGGAUCAAAUCACUCGACUCCAGUGGAGGGGCUAGCUAUGCACCUCACGGCUUUGGAGGAUUUGGACAUCAGCGGUAACGCUCAAACCUCGACUCCUGUUCAGUCUGUAAGUAAUAAGACAUUUUGCCUUCCACCUCUUUCAGAGUCACCUCUUCAAAAAGAUGAAGGUGAUUCAGUGAGCCCAAUGGCUCAGAUCAUCAAUAGGCAGGAAGGUGACGCCUCUCAAAAGCCCAAGUCAUUGAUGGCGAACAGAAGCAAAAAGGUAGAAAUCAAAAGGUUUCCCAAGCCAAACUUCAGUAAUAUAAAGUCUAAAAUUAUAUCCCGUGCCACCAACCCUUUCAAGACAUCAAGUGCACCAAAUACCUCAUCAAGCAACGUUCUUCAAGCUAAUGAAAGUGAGAAUUUGGAUCAUUCUGCUCAACGUAAGUCAUCACCUAAUAAGUCCACCUCUCUGGCAGUCACCAACACCUAUGCUACACCAGCCCGACAUGUAAAGAGUUCUGUCGCGGUUAAAAGGACUCGCUCAUCCACUUGCCAAGAGAGUGGUCUGGCCUCAAAAUCCCGACCUCGCCGGUGGUCUGAAAGCGCUACCUCUUUCAAAACUGCUACAGAUGGCUCGCAAGAAAAAAAUCUGAGGGUCAAUGGGACCUUGAGCAUCUACGCCACACCACAGACUUUAUCUAAAGGAAGUUCUCAGAAUAAGGAUGGAAAGAUCAAACCAGAUGGAUCCAAGUCGUCUAAAGAAGAUUCUCAAGGGAAUGAGUCAAUGAAGGUUCGUGGGAAGAACCUGAAAAUCAGUUUGAUGGCGGUGUCUGCCAAACUGGCGACAGGAGCGGCAGCAUGCGUGUGGAGUCGAGGCAUGCUUGGCCCUCAGCCAUCCCCAGCCAGGACGGGAGGAGCCUCUGCUGCUCGCAUUCCAGCUCCAAACCUUCGGCCUCCUCUCUCGGCUGCAUAUAAGAUCAAACUUGGGACAGCAGGAAAAGAUGACAGCAGUACGUCUGACAUGCCUUCACCUAGAGUCCAGCUCCGCACACCUGAGGGAGGAGCCCAGUCCAGACCUGCCCAGUUUACACCAUCAACGGCAUCAGCCUCCAAACUGCCCAUCAAACCUAAAACGCAUGCUAAAACUUCCAGCAUUUUUCACACAAAUGGACACCCAAAGCAGGACCAGGCAGAGCCCUCUUUGGGAGCCUUGAGUAAACCUCCAUCUAAAAGGACCACACUGUUAAGAACCAAACUGCAAUCUCCAUCUACCAGAAGUGUACCAUCAGGAUGCAAGAACACAUCUUUAACAGGUCAAAGUUCAGCGAGGUCUUCAAGCAGUCCUCUGAAAACCCCAACCACAGCUCGGCCCAUGAGACCUGCUGCCACUCCAACAGAGAUCCAGUGGAAGAUUAAAGUCUUACACUUGUGUAAAUCUAAAUUGGUUCAGGUAUUGUGUGUCAAUGAAUUCAAUUAUUAGUGCUAUCCUAUACCUUCAAACAGAAUCAUAGAGUUCAUAUAGUGUCACCUCGGUUGGAUUGGGCACCAAAGGUAAUAUUUUGACAAUUAUUACAAACUAAC